GAAACUAAUGUAUAAAGGCGUCUAUUUUUUGUGGAUAUGCUUAAUAAAAAAAAUUCUUUGUUCUACGUGUUUCAGUUUAAGCAGACGCCAAACCACGUCAUUCAUCAUGAAAUUAAUUUUACACUUAUUGAUAGUAAUGGGGGUGUCCACCGUUUCUAAUGAGAGGGUCUUGUCUUUCGUAGACAGGGAUGGAGAAUUCCAACACAUGGCGCUAGAUCAUCAGACGGGAAAUAUUUUCAUCGGAGGCAUGAAUAAGAUUCUGAAGCUCUCUUCGAAUUUGGAAAUCAUGGAACGUGCAAUAACCGGCCCACAGAAUGAUUCUCAAAGAUGUGGAGUUUCGGAUUAUUCUUGUUCGUCAGAGCUGGUUUUAACAAAUAAUACUAACAACGUUCUCCUAGUACACGAGGACGAAGUCGUUGUUUGCGGUUCUAUCCGUCAGGGAACUUGUGAAAUUCGCAGGUUAGGAAAUAUAAGCGAUUUAAUAGGGGUAGGAUCAUUGGCUGUUGUUCCUAAUGAAGAAAAUGUGAAUUCUGUUGCUUUUAUUACUGAAGUUUUCAAUUCACGAAAAUCAAAAAUGGAAUCUAUGAUGUAUGUAGCCACCGAGGGCAAUAGUUUUCCAAAAUAUUCCAUUGAACGUAAUUUAAGAACCUCUGUUCCUGCUGUAAGUAUCAGAAGUCUCAGUGAAAUCUAUUUCAGUACAACAGGAGAAAUGCGCUUCGUUACCGACUCGUCUUUCGUAGAACCGAAAAAUGUUUUAUACGUCAGUGGAUUUUCUGUGGGAAAUUUCAGCUACAUCAUAUCCAAUGAAAGGCGGAAAACACACUCUCAAUAUCAUUCGAAAAUCGCUCAUAUGUGUAGGCUUGAUGAUCAUUUAAACACUUACAUCGAGAUUCCACUAAUCUGUAGAGAAGGGAAAACAAAUUUUAACUUUGUCCAUUCGGCAAAAGUGAUCAAACCGGGGAUCUAUUUUAAAAAUUCCACGAAACAAAAACUUACCAACUUGUCUUCCGUGGAGGAUAUUCUGGUGGGCGUGUUCACCGAAACCCUGAGUAACAGAAGUGCAAUGUGUGUGUAUCAAAUGUCUGACAUAAUACAAAAUAUUCUAGACACUGCAAAAGAAUGUCUGAACGGAAAUUACACAUUUGCUGCACAUCAUAAGUAUGAUUAUGGUAAUCAAUGUCCUAUCAGAUAUACGGCACCAUCUUUCACUGACGCUGAACUCCUUUGCUUUACGUUAAGUCACUUCAUCAUUACUAAUGGUGCACCAAUUGAAGGGUCACCUGUUCUGGAAUUUCCAGCCAUCGACAAAGUUCCACUGCUGAAUUCUCUCGCCUUGUUGGUCGUAGAUUCGGGUCACACUGUGGCGUUUGUGGGCACCACGAGAGGACAAUUACGAAAGAUAGUACUCCAUUCUUCGACAGAAGCAUGGGAAUAUUCAAGCGUUUCAUUGACAGAGGCACGGGAAUAUGGAAGCGUUGUAUUGAAUCAGGCGAACUCUUUUCUACAGGAUGUGAUCGUUGAUAACAUUAACAAAUAUGUGUUUACAAUUACCAGAGACACGGUUUACAAAGUACCUACCAGUGAAUGUGAAGGUUAUGCAUCCUGUGAAACUUGCAGAAAAGAUCCAUACUGUGUGUGGCGCACUCUCCAAGGAAGGUGUCAGCAUGGAAGGGAAUAUGAGAACGUAACACUGGGAGUAGAUAUCCUCAGCGGAAACUGUCCACGAAUAUCUUCAAUCAGUCCUAAGAAUAUCACCAUGGAUGAUGUAAUGGAGAAUAAAAAGCUUAGCAUCAGUUUUGAAUUCCUACCGCCUGCAAACCCAGGUCUCCUUUCCUGCUUAUACAGCGGUAAUACAAUAGAAAAAUCUAUAUUGAUGGCUGGAGAAAAAUUGACAGACAACGAAAUGAUAUGUGAUCUGCCUAAGGUACCGAACCUUCCAGAAUUUCCAUCUCGAAAUUGCAUUAAGAUGGAAAUUUUCCUCUUACUUGACGGGAUUAGUUUAUUGUCAUCAAACAUCGACCUAUUCAACUGCAUCAAUAUGACAGUAGAUUGUCCAUCUAAAACCUGUAUCGUGGACGGUGGAUGGUCCAUGUUUGGGUCCUUUAGCGAGUGGACUGCGUGUAGCCAAUCAUGCGGCGGAGGUUCUCAAAAUCGAACACGAUCAAGAAACUGCACGAAUCCUGCUCCAUCAGAUGGUGGGGAUUUCUGUGGCGGAUCCGGACUAGAUACCGAAUCUAGGCAAUGUAACACACUGGAGUGUCCAGUGUAUGGGAUAUGGACCCCGUUUGAAGAAAUUGAAGAAUGGAGUCAAUGCAGUGCUACUUGUGGUGAAGGUAUAGAAAGCCAAAUCAAACUACGCACCUGUAUUCAGCGUGGCUUACAAGACGUCUUGCAGAUAUGUAACGGAUCAGUCAUUCAAAAGGACACCAGACCCUGCAAUGUCAUGGAAUGUGCAUCAGGAUAUGCAACUUUGAUAGCUAUUGCGGUGUCUGUGGCGGGUGUUGUAGUAUGCAUAAUACCUUUUGCCUACUAUGUAUAUUACUGUGGAAAAUCGAAGACUGCACAACAUAACUCACAGAAGAAAUUCAAAGAUCGUGAUAAUGCAAGCGUGGAAGAUGAGGCUUAUCCUCACUAUGAAGAAAUCAACGACCACGAAAUAAAUCCUUUCCAUCGAACGAAUUUGGAAGAAAUUCCAUCUUUAGAUGGGGCAUAUUUAGGAGUAGUGGAAAUGACGGAUGUUGACAUCAAAGGCGCAAGAGAAGCACGGGCUACAUUGGAGCCAUUUGAUGAUAAGCGCACGGAUAUUCACUGGUACAUGGGAGUACACCAAAGCAAUGAAAAUACUUACGAUAAAUUGAUUCGGGCCACUGUCCUGGAGGGGAUCGAAAACCAAAAUGAUGACAAAAAUCUUUGCAAUAUAGCCAACGAGAGUUGCAUUGAAACAGAACAUCCUGUGUCUGAAAAUUUGGAGAGCGACAAAAAGGCCUUCUCUGGAAUUGUUGUGACCAAACUGUGAUGAACAUGGGAAUUACUGUAAAGAAUCCUCAUCAAAUGUAAUUUCUGUUUCUGAAUAACAAAGGAUUAUUGGAAAACUUCCUUAGAUGUAUCUUUCAGAAAAGAAUUUUUAAAGCCAAACUUAUAUUACAUGUCACAGGAAUAAGAAAAAUUAAUGCGGAAUUGGAUUUAAAUGGAACUCGGAAAUAUUCAUAUCUUGUGAUCAGUCAUCCAUAAAAUUUCUAUGAGAAACAAUAUUCUGAUUCUACGCACAUGUACUCUGAAGUUGAUAAUAAUAAGAUGCAUGCCGGAGUUCCUCUUUGAUAAUAUUUACGUAGUCUUUAGAGAUCGGAUCUUCCAUAAUCUGUUGAAAUCUCCAUGGGCACAAAUUGUGUUCCUUUUUAUCCGAUCUGUUUUAGUAUUCUUAGAAGGCAGUGUUUAUUCAAAAGCUCCUACACGAGAAGAAAAAUAUCUUGUUGUGGUCUUGAACGUGACAUAAUCUUAUAUUUAUAAAACACAUUGACAAUGUUUUCAUAUUAAACAUAUUCACUUUCACAACGAACAAGGAUAAGUCAUAUUUUGAGUCGAUAUAUGUCAGUGAACUUGAUAUAAAAUACUCGAAAGAUUCUUUCACAUCUGCUUCAAAUUCAGAUAUUGUAUUGAAUAUGAACAUUAAACGCAAACUAUCAA